UUCGCCUGGAAGAAGAACAGAGUCACUGAGACUUGGAUAACCUAGUGGCACACAAACAGGACCAGACUCAAAUUAAAAAGCCUUUCUUCUGUCUUUCUAUAAGGAAGAAAUGCACACGAACGGAGCACUGCUGAUGAGCAGUACCAUCUUGCUCGUUUCAGUCUACACUCUGGCUGCGGCACAGGUUUCAAUCACAGCAUCUCCCUCCCUGAGUGUCACACAAGGGGACAAAGUCACACUCACCUGCAUUGCCAACAUUACCAACACCAAUGGCUUCUCAUACACCUGGAUCAAGAACAAUCACAUCAUCAGACCUGCAAACAAACAGUCGCUAGAGUUUGUGGCGGAGAGAGAUGGAGACGUCUACAUCUGUCUCGUGAAAUGGGAAUCUAUGAACAAGGUCUUCGCAGAGGUCACUAUCCAUGUGCAGUGUCUUCUAGACAACAAGACCAUCAUCGCAAGUAUGUUUGGGGCUAUGAGUUUCAUCGUGCUCAUCGUGGCGUCCUUGUUCGCUGUGAACUUCAUAUUGCAGAAAAGAGCCCAGUCCUUGGUUUUCAAGGAGUUAGAAGUUACAGAAGACCAUCCUUAUGAAGAUAUGGAAGGAAGAUCACCAUAUUAUAUAAUAAUGAACCAAAGGGCACAUGUUGUCUAUGAAAAUGUUUCUCCAAGAUAUACUGCAGGAUCCCAAAGUAAAGCAGAACAUGUUGCAUGAUACCCAUGCUAGUAAACACACAGGGCCAUACUGGCAUCAAGCAGAUCUGCAGUAAAAAAAAAAAUGCAAGCUUAAAGCCAGAACUGUGCAUGGAUGAAACAAGGAUAAGGAAGGAUUUCACUGUACAAAAAUGCAAGAAAGGUCUGCUUGGAUGAUGCAGGGGAUCACUCAAGGAAUUUGCAAGAUUUGCAAAUACUGCAUGGAUGUUUUAUGUAAGGUUUGCAUGAAACCCUUCCAAAUCCUUGCAUCAUCCUUGCAACUAUCCUGCAGCAGUUGUUGUGCCAAGAACCCUAUAGCUUUCAAAUAUAUUGUCUUGACACAUUAUUAGCGACAUUGGUGCUCAAGAUCUUUGAGCUUUUCUCUUUUUUAUUGAUAUAUUAAAUGUAAUUUCAGAUAGGAGCAUAGUCGUGACUGUGGGAAUAAACAAGCCAAAAAAAAAAAAGUUCAAUCAAUCAAUCAAUCAACAACACUUAGAUUUAUAUACCGCUCCUAUACAUUUGCAUGUCUUGGGGUGCUUUAUAUCAUCAUGCAACAAAGGCCCUACCAAAUAACAAGGUUUUAAUUUUCGAUUUGAACAGAGAUAUGGAGGAGAUGCCUCUGAUAUCCCUAGGGAAAGAAUUCCAAAACAAAGGGGGUAUAUGACUAAACAACCUAGAGCCAAAUGCAUUAGUGUGACAGGA